AAGGACGCGUUUGUCGAUUUAAAUGCAGAUGUAUCGCACUUCGUUGAAAUGUCUCCACGAAUAUUAAAGUAUCAUCGUAAUAUAAAUAUGGAUGUAUACAUGAAAUGUGUGAAACACCGUGAAACAUAUCACGAGCGAGAUUGAUGGAAUUUACGCUCCUGACACAUCGAAGUUUAAUCAAAGGUCAAUUGACUUGUGAUUGGUGUACUUUGACCUCUAGUUUGUUGAAUGAGAUUUAGAAUUACUAUUUGCUCAGUAUUUCCAAGUCAGCUGUAGGACGUUAAUCAUGUCGGACAGCGUUAGCCCUAUUAAGUAUUUCCUGAGCGGUGGAUUUGGCGGAGUAUGCACCGUCGUGGCUGGCCAUCCUCUGGACACCAUAAAGGUGCGUCUUCAGACGAUGCCAAUACCAGGGCCUAACGAAUUGGCUCUCUAUUCAGGUACAUGGGAUUGUGCUAAGAAAACAGUUACCAAAGAAGGAAUACGUGGAUUAUACAAGGGUAUGGGUGCACCGUUAUCUGGUGUUGCUCCAAUAUUUGCGAUAAGUUUCUUUGGAUACAGUGUUGGAAAAAAGCUGCAACAGAGUUUUCCAGAUGAAAAACUUACGACAUUGCAAUUGUUUUACGCCGGCGCUUUUAGCGGCAUAUUUACGACUAUUAUAAUGGCCCCAGGCGAGCGCAUCAAAUGUUUGUUGCAAAUACAACACGCGGAUGCAAAACCAAAGUACAGUGGACCGCUAGAUUGCGCGAAGCAACUGUAUCGAGAAGGAGGCAUUAGAAGUAUUUACAAAGGAACUUGUGCUACACUGCUAAGAGAUAUCCCGGCUAGUGGAAUGUACUUUUUGACAUAUGAAUAUCUAAAAGAACAAUUCACUCCUGAGGGAGGGAAACUUAGUUUACCAACUACUAUAUUAGCGGGCGGGUUUGCAGGUAUUGCAAACUGGUUGGUGGGAAUGCCACCUGAUAUCUUGAAAAGCCGUCUACAAACUGCACCAGAGGGUACAUAUAAGAGCGGGAUACGUGAAGUAUUUGUCAAAUUGAUGAAAAAUGAGGGACCAAUAGCUCUUUAUAAAGGUGUGGUACCAGUUAUGUUGCGAGCUUUUCCUGCAAAUGCAGCUUGUUUUAUGGGCUUUGAAAUUUGCAUGAAAUUUUUGAACUGGCUCGCGCCAAAUUUAUAACUUGAAUCAUAUAUGACGUAAUUAAGUAAAAUUUUCGGAAGAUAUCUUGCCUCUCUUGGUAUCGAUUGCCUCUUGCUAAAUGCUACGAUUGAUAGAUACGAUUCUAAGCGGUUGUAAGACGAUUUAUUUUAUCGUAGAUAAAAUAUAAUUUUUUUAUUCUUGUCUCACAGACAUUUUGAAAUCUCAGAAAUAGAUUAUAUAUGCGUGUGAAAAUUAUAGGAAGUGAUACAAUAUAGUCUUUGUAUAGGAAAAAAGUUAUAUACAAGAAAAUGAAAGUAUGAUAUCAGGGGAUAUACUUUUUUAUAUAGUAUAAUUUUGUAUUGUAUAUUA